AUGCAGUCCUCAACCAUCAUUGUCCUGGCCUGUCUCGUGGUUGUUGUCGCGAGUGUUCAAUACGAACAAUUAGCAGACGAACAUAAUGUAGACAGUAACGUCGAAUCACAAAACACGCCACUGCACGAGAGAAGUGCGAGAACGAAACGGGGUCUACUGCUUCUUAAGAAGAAACUCAUCCUUGGUGCUUUAGGUUUGAAGGCAGCGAAAGUAGGAGCGGUUGGUGCGGGGGUGGUCGGCGCCCUCGCCCUCAAGAAACAGUCAGUACCAAAAGUGACAAUAGAAACCGAACAACGGUAUUGGGUUUAA